UCAGCCAGCAAGCAGUUUUCAUUCAAAAAACAAGGCGCGCUUAACAUUUCUAUUUUAUAUAAUUUAUAUCUGAUUGUGUUGUUUACAAUGAAUACCUAGAAUUUUUGUUUUUUAUGCCUAAAUGUGAUUAAACAUGAACUUAGGUGAUCCUGAGUUGGAGCUUAUCGAUCCAACACCGAACAUUCAUAGUCUUUUUAUACAGUUUGAUAAUUUGUUUUUCUGGACGAAACUGGCGAGUCGAGCAGUUGUGAGAUGGAGCAAGAGGAUGUAUUCAUGUGCUGGUGUAUGCUCUUACGAAGGUAGAGGAGGCCUCUGCGACAUAGCUCUGAGCGAGCCUCUACUCAAACUUCGACCUCGCAAAGAUCUGGUUCAGACACUACUUCAUGAGAUGAUUCAUGCCUUCCUCUUUGUUACCUGCCGUGACCAAGACAGAGAUGGUCAUGGACCCAACUUCAAGGCCCAUAUGUAUCGGAUUAAUCAAAGAGCUGGACUCAACAUUAGCAUUUACCAUGACUUUCAUGAUGAGGUGAUGCUUUAUCAAACACAUUGGUGGAGAUGUGAUGGUCCUUGUACAUCCAGAAGGCCACAUUUUGGCAUAGUUCGGAAGACAGUAAACAGGGCACCAGGCCCAUCAGACAGCUGGUGGGAGUGCCACAGAAGAAGUUGUGGUGGCACAUUCAUCAAAAUCAAAGAACCAGAAAAACAAGGAAAGCCAGCUAAGAAAAUUGCACCGCCUAAACCAAAGGAAGACAUUACUAAGUACAUUAAGACACAAAAAACAACCAACAAUAACAUACCUGCAAAACCUGUACUGAAAGAUAGUAACAACAUCCCAGUUAAAACUAAGAGCAAUGGUGCAAGUACAGUCGUAAUAACUAAAAAGGGUCCAAUAUUCAAUCCCCAAGUCAUCAAUAAACCACCUGAUUUGUUUAGUGGUAAGGGUCACUUGGUGGAUGGAGGUCGACAAAGGUCUAAUUCAGUUGGCGUACUUGAACAAGUAAGAAACGUUUGGGCAAAUAAAGUAUUGCCUGAGAGUCCGACGGCAAUUCUUAAUAAUAAGCAAAAUGUUAUUAAAAGUAAACCACUGAAUACUACUGUUAAUAUAAACAAUUUUUCAAAGGCAAAUAAACAUAAAGCAGAUUCUCCUAUUAAUAGCCCUCCAACAAAAAUAAAGAAAAUUGACGACUAUUUCAAAAACACAGCAUCAACAGUACUUAAGGAUUUAUAUGGAAAAGAUUUUCAAGUGACACAACCAGAAAACUGUCAAAAAUUAGUUGCAGUGGCCAAACCACAUACUGAAAUAGAUAAAAAGCCAGAGAUCAAUUUGGCAACCUCUAUAAAAGUUAAUGUAGUAGAUUGUCCAGUUUGUAAUAGCAAAAUUAGCAGCAAUGAAAUAAAUAGGCAUUUAGACGAAUGUUUGAAUAAAGAAGUGAUAGAAACACUCACCAAAGAUAAUCAAAUACAAACACCUGUACCUACCUCUACCUCAAAAGAAGAUAAAAAGCAUUUAAAAGAAAUUGUUGGUGUCUUACCAACCAUACCUACUUUUAAAGGGAAAAGUGAAGACGUAUUUAACCCUCCUUUCCAAGAUUUAGAAAUGGUACAAAAUGAAUACAAAAAAGAAAUUAUAAAACUAGAGAAAGAAAUAAAAAAGGAAUUUGAAGAAAAUGAUUUUGAUUCGAAUGACGUGAAUAAAGUUAAAGAAAUUGUACAGAAGAUCAAUCAUGAUAAACACAUAAGGCAAUUUGGAAUUUACGAUGUUCCAAAAGAAGAGAGGCCUAAUAAUGUUGAUUUUGGAUUUUUACCUUCCUUCUUAGAUGAUGUUGCAUGUGAAAUUAAAACUCCUAAAGUUAAAAUAGAGCCUGGUACAAGUAGAGACGGAAAUGCAGAAAAAAAUGACCAGAAAUGUGCUUGUUGUGGUAAUAAAGUGAAUAAACCAAUUGAAGAGCAUUUAGAUGAGUGCUUGGCUUUCUUUGGAAAUAAUACUACGAUACCAGAAGAAGGCGCGUCAACAAGUUUUGCUAAUGAGACUAUAGUAAUAGAUGAUGACGAUGAUAUUUUUGAUGAGACAUUGACGAUGAACGCUACUGGCACUAAAACGCCAUGUCCAUGCUGCCUCAAGAUGGUUGAGGAAGCUGAUAUGAAUGCUCAUUUAGACCAUUGCUUGAGCUGAAAAGCUGUGAUAAGGAAAACCAAGGUAACCGUUUUGUUAUAAUUAGUUGAUUGAACUGUUAUGAAUAAUUUAUACUUAAUGUGUUGAUUAUACGUAAAUGAGUAGGUAAAUGAUUAUGAAUUAUGUUUAAUCAUAAUAGUGUCGCAUGUGAUUAUUUAUUAAGGUUAUGAGUGAGUUACGAUUGUUUGUAUUCUUUAAAUUGUGAUAUUAGAAUAAAGUGUUUAUG